UUAAAUGCACUAGGGCUAGCUUAACUAAUUUUUAACUAGGGGAGCCUAGAUAUAUAACUUUUGUUAUGCAUCUAGAUAAUAUGGUUUGAUGAAUUAGGGCUAGUUACUAAUGGGACCAAAAAUUAGCUAAAUUCGGAUAGUUGGUUGGCUAAAGGUAAAAGCAUUCAAAGAAAAAUAGUCCACGCCUAUUAACUCUCCUGUUUAUUGGUAAUGGUAGAGUCGAUUUUAGCUAGCUAGUAAUUAUCUCUAAUAUCAAAUAGACCACAUAUCUCUAGAUAUGCAAUUAAAACUAAAGUAUGUAUAAUCUAUACUUUGAAAAAGACCGUAUGUCUAGAGUGCUUGGCUGCGGGUGCGGCUACGGCUGCAGCUAAACACUAUCAUAUGUAAAUUUCUAACUAGUGACACUGCCACCCUCGUCUCUUCCCCUGCUAAUAAAUCACCCCGGCCAGUCCCAUGACUUCAACACUCACCACCGGCCGCCGGAAAUAUCAUCUGAUUGCUUCGAUCUAUUCCCAGCCACCCACUUCCCACCGGCACCCAAACAUUCCCACGUAACGUUAAUCUCCGGCCGCGAUACGAUAAAUACCCUCCCGGGAAUUAUCUCUUCUCCGGCGAGACGGCAGCGAGCUGAGCUGAGCUGAGCACGACGAAGCCCGGACCCCCUCACUCACCACGCCCGGCCAUGGAGGACUGGCUCUUCUACUCCCUCACCACGCUCCUCUGCCUCCUCUGUUCACUCCUGCUGCGUGCGCGCACCCCAGGCAGCAAGGACCGCCAUGCCGACUCCUCCUCCGCGCUCCCUCCCCUGCCCCCGGGCCCGACGCCGCUGCCGGUGCUGGGCCCGCUGCUCUUCCUCGCGCGCCGCGACUUCGACAUCGAGCCCGUCCUCCGCCGCAUCGCGCGGGAGCACGGCAAGGUCUUCACCUUCGCGCCGCUGGGUCCGGCGCGCCCGGGCAUCUUCGUCGCCGACCGCGCCGCCGCGCACCGCGCGCUCGUGCAGCGCGGCGCCGUGUUCGCCUCCCGCCCGCCCUCCACGGCCUCCAGCGCCGUGCUCACCAGCGGCGGACGCAACGUCAGCUCCUCCCCCUACGGCGCCACGUGGCGCGCGCUGCGACGGAACCUCGCCUCCGGGGUGCUCAACCCGUCGCGGCUCCGGGCCUUCUCCCCCGCGCGCCGAUGGGUGCUCGACGUCCUCGCCUCCCGCGUCCGCGCCGACGGCCGCCACGGGGAGACCCCCGUCGCCGUCAUGGAGCCGUUCCAGUACGCCAUGUUCUGCCUCCUCGUCUACAUGUGCUUCGGCGGCGACCGCCUCGGUGACGACGCGCGCGUCCGGGACAUCGAGGCCACGCAGCGGGAGCUCCUCGCAAACUUCCUCAGCUUCCAGGUCUUCUCCUUCCUCCCGUCGGUCACCAAGCUCGUGUUCCGGCGACGCUGGGAGAAGCUCGUGUCGCUGCGACGUCGGCAGGAGGAGCUCUUCUUCCCGCUGAUACGAGCCAGGAGGGAGGCCGGCGCCGACGGGGACUGCUACGUCGACUCCAUGGUGAAGCUGACCAUCCCCGAGGACGGCGGGAGGCCGCUGACGGACGGCGAGAUCGUGAGCCUCUGCUCCGAGUUCCUCAGCGCCGGCACCGACACCACGGCCACCGCGCUGCAGUGGAUCCUGGCGAACCUGGUCAAGAACCCGGCGAUGCAGGACAGGCUUCGGGACGAGGUGUCCAGCGUCGUCGUUGGCGCCGACGGCGAGGUGCGGGAGGAGGACCUGCAGGCGAUGCCGUACCUCAAGGCCGUGGUUCUGGAGGCGCUCCGGCGCCACCCGCCGGGCCACUUCGUGCUCCCGCACGCCGUGCACGAGGACACGACGCUAGAUGGGUACCGCGUGCCCGCCGGCGCGCCCGUGAACUUCGCGGUGGGGGACAUCGGGAUGGACGAGGAGGUGUGGAAGGCCCCCGCGGAGUUCCGGCCGGAGCGGUUCCUGCCCGGCGGCGAGGGGGAGGACGUGGACCUCACCGGCAGCAAGGAGAUCAAGAUGAUGCCGUUCGGCGCCGGGCGCCGGGUCUGCCCGGGGAUGGCGCUGGCGAUGCUGCACCUCGAGUACUUCGUGGCCAACCUCGUGAGGGAGUUCGAGUGGCGCGAGGCCGACGGCGAGGAGGUGGACCUCACCGAGAAGCUUGAGUUCACCGUCGUCAUGAAGCGGCCGCUCAGGGCCAGGGCCGUGCCGCUGCGGUCACCGCCGCCCGCCGUCGCAGCUGCUUGAUGCAGGGUUGCUAGUACGUACUGUACGUAGCAUCAUGGCAACGAAUUGGCAGUUGAGUCUGCUUCUCAUUGCUCGUGUGCUAUAUAUAUAUUUAUAUAUAACGAAAUACAGUAUUAGGUACGAGUAAUCACAUUUCUCUUGUUCUUUUGGGCGCUUUGGUACAGACAGUAGUAAGGUAAUGGCGUAAUGCUGCAGCUGCACUAGUGUGAUUGUGUGUACAUAUAAAAUAAUAAGUACUGUAAGUAAAUAUUUUACUCCAUUAUUGAAUUACAAAAAUGAUAAAGUAUCUAGACCAUUUGUAUU